CCAUAAUAAUAACAUUUAUCAAAUGUCAGGGUUGAAAAAUUUUGAUCUUGAUAUCCCAAUAAAUUUUAUCAAGUAGAUACAUUUAAAAUCUCUUUGUUAUUGUCGUAUUUUAUUUACAUCACUAACGGCUCAUCAAAUGUACAGAAUAUCAAAGCACUAGUUUAUAAUGUAGGUAUUAGUUAUGGAGGAUAGUUUAAGUGUGAAAUCGAAUGAAUCUAUAGCCACUAGUGAGGAAUUUGAUUUUGUAAGUGACAAACCAGAGACCAGUAAAACACCCACCUUGGAUAUUCUAAAUGGAGACAUUAAUGAGUUGAAGAACGCCCUAAAGGAGGUCUUGCAAGAACCAGGCGUAAGGAUGAGUGAAGAUGGGGACGAUAGUAAAAAGGUGGGACAGUCGAAAUUCUAUAGCUGUCCAGUGCAACCCGGUACAGACCCACUCAGUGGACCAACAUCUACUUCUCCAAAUGAAAAGCAAGAUGCAAUGAAACCUGAUUAUAGCGAUGAAGAAAUUUCAGAUGUGGAUCAAGAUUGCACAAUAUUUAGUGGGGUAACCUACUUAGGGGCAGCUGCCAUUAAUGCCCCAAAGUCGGAAACUGAAAUUCAGCGUAAUAUGGCCAUUCUUAACGAACAGAGUUCUGAUCAAGGAAUUAAAAUUGCCGUCUCUGUACCUUGUUCGUCUCAGGGUUUAGUAGUACUUUAUGAUGCUGGUACACAUUCUGUGAUAGCACGCUAUGAAAUUCAUCGAAUAUUAUUCUAUGCCCGUGGAGCCAUCGACAGUCAGGAAGCCGGUUGCUUUGCAUUUACCUGGUCACACGGUGAUACUCAAGAAUCUGCCAUCUUUCAGUGCCAUGUUUUCCGAUGUGACAUUGCAGAAGCAGUCUGCAGAGUUUCAUCCUGCUUUUCCAAAGCAUUUCAACGUGUACCUCGCUCUAUGAGUAGCUCAGUGGCAUCAGCAUCUGAUAUGUCUGCCUCGGUUACGACUUUGGCUGAAGCACGCACUUUAAUGUAUGUUUUCGAAGUGAGCUUAGAAAUAAAGGAAGAUGAUGGGAAAGGGACAUUCUUUACUGUACCUAAAGAUCGUAGUGGUUUCAAGUUACGGGUAAAUUUAGAAAAACAAUUGUGUUUAUCGAUUAGACAAGUAUCCGAUAAUGGUCCACAAUUGUAUAUUGAGAGAUGUUUCGGAAUUUUAGUGGCACCGGGACGACAUGUGCGCCAUUCAGACAUGCAAUUACUUGACAUGGCACAAACUUUUAACUCUGCACCACCAAGCGAUCGAAAUAAUACCGCUAUUUCGGCUUCCUGGAACCCAACAGGGCCGCCAUUUGAAAUAUUAAAUACUGAAACAAAGGACAACAGUGUGUAUAUAACAGUGGCAGUGGACUUGGUAAUACGAGGUAUACAAGAGCCUGUUCGAUUCCAAAUGGAAACUCCUGUUAGAGUUUUUGGGCAAUACGAACGUUUCUGGUACUUUCAGAAACGGUCGCUUAUUCAGCAGUUCUUCCUUAACUUAAAAGAGACAGUGAUGGGCGAGCUUGGGGAUGUGUUUUAUGAAGUUGUUAAUAUGGAAACCUCCGGCGAAUUAGAUAGAAAUCGAUUAAAUCUUACGUUAAAUUUAUCUAGUCUUAUCCAGUCACCUAGUAUUACUUCCGUUGAUAGUAUAACCCCUAAGGAAGAGUAUCAUUCAGAUGGAGAUGAGCCUCUAUUGAGUGGUACCGGCUUGGUGUCAAAGGAUUGCAGUAAGGAUGUAUUGGAAAAUUGGGCAGAUGUACUUUCUCGUUGGAAAUCGACACAGCAGAAACCAAAGCAACUAUUAGGUUUAGUCCGAUUAGGAAUUCCAGAGGCUCUCAGAGGAGAAGUUUGGCAACGGCUCGCCGGUACCGAAGAAAAUAUGCAAGUGAUGGACACUUACAGAAUUUUGAUAACAAAAGAUAGUGGUUGCGAAAAUGUUAUACAAAGAGAUAUUGCACGAACUUUUCCUGCACACGAUUUUUUUAAGGAAGCUGGAGGCUUAGGACAAGAUUCCUUAUACCGCGUCAGUAAAGCGUACGCAGUGUAUGAUACGGAAGUCGGUUAUUGCCAAGGAUUGAGUUUCUUAGCUGCCACCCUUUUGCUUCAUAUGCCCGAAGAACAAGCUUUUUGUGUACUUGUAAAAUUAAUGUAUGACUAUGGCUUGAGAGAUCUUUACAAAGAUGGCUUUGAUAAUUUAUACUUAAGACUGUAUCAAUUAAAUCGUUUAAUGGAGGAACAGCUCGGGCCAUUGUGGCAACAUUUGACUAACCAUCAUGUGGAGACGCAUAUGUUUGCAUCUCAAUGGUUUUUAACGUUAUUCACAGCUAGAUUUCCUCUUUUCUUCGUAUUCCAUGUUAUAGAUGUGUUCUUACUUCAAGGCAUCGAUACAUUAUUUCAAGUUUCUCUAGCCUUACUUAUGAUGUGCAAAAAGGACUUGUUACAAUUAGAUUUUGAAGGGAUUUUGAAGUACUUCCGAGUGUCUUUGCCCAAGAAAUGCCGAACGGAAGAAGCUGCAAGGCAGCUGAUGAAGACGGCUUGUAGUAUUAAAGUGAAAAAAUUAAAAAAAUAUGAGGAAGAUUUUUGCGCGUUAAAAGACAGCUGGGACAUUAUCAUGUUGGAUUCAGCGGAAGACGAUAGCGCAAAUGAAGCCACCGAAGUUGAGCAACUGCGAUUGACAAUCAUUCGACUUGAAGAAGAGAGAAGGUUAAUAUUUGAUGAAAAUAUGCAACUGAAGGAGAUGUUGAAAAGAGAAGUUUCGAAAGCCGAAAGUAGCGAUAAGAAAAACACCAACAUUAUUAACGAAUAUAAAUUAAUUAGGCAACGGUUGGAGGGACAACUUCUUGGUAGCAGAUCUGAAUUGGAAGCCUUAAAGGCACAAAUUUCAAGUUGCGAAAAAUGUUCUAAUAUACCAGCUGCAACCGACAGUACUCAACUCCAAGGGGACCAAUCACAAAAUCUUCCUACAAGCGAUGUUGCAGCACUUAUAGAACAAAUUCGUGUACUCGAAUUGGAAUUGGCGCAGACAAAAUUAGCUCAAGUUGAGGCUGAAUGUAGAAACCAGGAUCUAACCCAUCAAAUUAGAGCAACAGAGGUGGAAUUGAACGCGGCAAAAAAUAGUUGGUCGCCUUGGCUGACUAAGACGUUAAGCUCUAUCAAAGAGGCGGCGAACAAGAAGGACUUUACUCACUUUAGCUAUCCACAUUCCAAUAACACUAGCAGCUCAACCCCUUCGUUUAUUUCACACAUAAAUACCUUGAGGCGCGAAAGUGCGCCUGUAAAACAUGAUGUGUACGCAAAUUGUGAUAUUAGAAGAGACUCUGUACCAGUCACUAAAGAUUCUCAAAGUUGCAAUAAUCUUAAGUCGCAUAAUUAGUAUAUUAAAUUUUUAUCUGUUAAUUCUGCACAGUGUUAAUGGAAAGCGUGCUUUAAGCAUUUUCGUCUUAUGUACAAAUUUUUCUUGUAUGUUGCAGAUUUCAGCUUUUGAUAAUCUUUCCUUCUAUCUAGCGGAACUUUUGUAUGCUUGUGUAUGUUAAUCACUAGCAAUUGAAUUUGUUACAAUUAAUGUACAUUAUAUUCCUUAUUUAAUACUCACCAUGAUGUCAGUGGUGAGAUACACACGGUGAGCAUAUUGUUUUUGUAGUACUUUAAUCGCAGUAUUUUUUAUAACAUAUUACUGUGAUGACAUUAGGUGUUACACAGAUCUUAUUGCUCACUACGACUCUUCACAUAGAUCAUAGCAUCUUUCAACUUAUUUGAUGCUGAUCUCUAUUGUUUCAAUAUUCUUUACAUAUUUGAUGAAUUUAUGUUGCCAUAUUUUUAACAAUUUUGCUUUACAUAACGGCAAAUUAACAUUCUAGUUAUAUUGGUGAUAUUUUUACUUAAGUGAUUGAAAUGCGCGUACCUUUAAUAUCUAUUUAAAACAAGUUAACUAACGUAUUGGUGGAAGUAAUUUCCGUCCAAAAUACACUUUUUUUCAUAAUAUCACUAUUUGCAAUGUUUCAAAAUUAGAAAUAAAUUAUACCGUAAGUUCCACUAAUCGCCAUUUUGUACAUAUUUAUUAUGAAUACUUGUUGUGAAUGGCUUUUGUAAGACGAGUACAUUUGUAGUUGUUCGUAUAUAUGGUAUAAUUAGCACACUUAACCCAAAUGAUAUUAGAUUAGAAACUGUAAUGUGCACAUCUAAGAAAUUACAUACCUACUGUAGA